AUGGAGAUUCUGGAUGCAUUUGUGCCCGUCCACUACCAAGUGGUUCAUCAAUAUUGGCUGAUCAAGAAGUUUUACGGUGCAUUGCUGGCAUUUUUGACUAAUGAGUACCCCGACACCUAUCUGGAAAUCAUUGGACAUAACAUGUCCUACUUUUGCAAAAACAUCAGGCAGAUCCAUGAUGGGAUCAAACGGGGCGGGGAUAAAAAAUCCACGACCUUCUAUCUCCCCAAAGCUCUGGUAGAGGCCUUCAACCCACUGAUUACCUACAUCUGUAUCUGCAGCCAGAUAAACCCCGAGUCCAAUUCAGAUUUGGGUCUCCUCCAGCGUUACGAGAAGAAAGUCAACAAAUCUCUGCGAACCGGCAAGUUCCAGCUUAUUUCCAUGAUUCGCGCCGGGGACUUCAGCGAAGCCAAAGUCUUUCGAGGAGUGAACGCUCAAGGCAUCAUGACCAUGGUUACUGAGCGGCUGGCAAGAAUACCAAGUGAGAGACCGAAUGGCCAACUCACGAAAGAUGGAUUCAAUCUUUUGCAGAUCUAUCGGCAGUACAUUUUACGCCUGGAACUCCAAGUUCGGAUGGAUCCCAAUGCUGGAACAUUUGACGCAAUCCAACAGCUUCGAGAGGAGCUCAAUAUUGUCAACAUCGUGCUUGAUCAGCAACUGAAGGUCCUGGAAAGAAUGCGAACGGUGUGGAUCAAUUUGAAUCAAUCUGGCCGAAAAGUCAGCCUGCAGAGUAUACACCAGAGUCGAAAGUUGAUCAAGCAAAUGAAGCGCGAUUUGGAUGAGCUCGAGAGCAUGGCCAAUAAGACAUCGAUGCUUCUCCGAUCAAUGAUUGAAGUGCGCAAAGAGUCGAACAGUAAGGCCAUCACCAUUUUCACCAUCGUGACAGUCAUUUUUUUGCCCUUGUCAUUCAUCACGUCCUACCUGGGCAUGAAUAGCGUCGAUAUUCGCGACGGCACUUUUCAUCAGAGCUUGUUCUGGGCCAUAGCCCUUCCCAGCGCUACUUGUCUUGUCGUCAUCUUGUGGAUCGUUAUCCGUUUCAGGCAAAAGGUGAAGAGAAUGUGGCCCCAACGCAGAUUGAGGGGAUCCUUACGGACGAUAGCGUCCUGGUUCUAUGGGGGGGCGUAG